AUGGCUUUUCUUUUUAAGGUUAUUGUUCUCUCGUACCUUGUCGUGUUCCAGUUCUGUUACGCUGUUGGAGAUAAAUAUGAACAAAACCCAGAUAAACUUUCAUUACUUUCUUUCAAAGGGUCUCUUCAAAACUCUCACUUUCUUUCUUCAUGGCACUCUGCAACUCCUCACUGUAACUGGGUUGGUGUCACGUGUCAACUCGGACGAGUUACCUCGCUCUCUCUUCCUUCUCAUUACCUUAAAGGCAAUCUCUCUUUGUCUCUUUCGUCUCUUUCUUUUCUUAGUGUCAUCAACCUUGAAGAUAAUCAGUUUUCCGGCGAAAUCCCCGGUGAGGUUGGUCGGUUGUUACAGCUGAAAACUCUUAGACUCGGUUCUAACUCGUUCACCGGGAAUAUUCCACCGGAGUUUGGGGGUUUAACGAAGCUUCACACGCUGGACCUCUCCGGUAAUGCGCUUGUCGGAGAAAUACCGGAGAGUUUCGGGAACUUGAGCAAGCUUCAGUUUCUGGACCUUAGUAACAACAUUCUCUCAGGUCCUCUUCCGUUAACUCUUUUCACCGGAACACUCUCUUUGAUUUCUGUUGAUAUUUCGAACAACUCGUUUUCCGGCGAGCUUCCGCCGGAAAUCGGAAACUGGAAGAAUCUCACUGCGCUUUACGUUGGGAUAAACAAGUUGUCUGGUACAUUGCCUAAGGAGAUUGGAAAGCUUUCGAAGCUUGAAGUUUUAUAUUCACCUUCUUGCUUGAUCGAAGGUCCAUUACCUGAAGAAAUGGAGAACCUGAAAUCGUUGACUAAGCUUGACCUCUCUUACAACCCUUUGAGAUGUUCAAUCCCAAAGUUUAUUGGGAAGUUGAAAAAUUUGAAAAUUUUGAACCUUGUCUUUUCUGAGCUUAAUGGGUCAGUUCCACCAGAGCUUGGAAACUGUUCAAAUUUAACUUCUGUGAUGCUUUCUUUCAAUUCACUUUCUGGUUCACUACCUCAAGAGCUAUCUGAGCUUCCUAUAAGAACUUUUUCAGCUGAGAAGAAUCUACUCCAUGGACCUUUGCCUUCUUGGCUUGGAAAAUGGACUAAUGUUGAUUCUCUUUUGCUUUCGGCGAAUCGUUUUUCGGGUGUGAUUCCGCCCGAGCUUGGGAAUUGUUCUGUGAUGGAGCAUCUCAGUUUGAGUAGUAACUUGUUGACAGGUUAUAUACCUGAGGAGCUUUGUAAUGCUGCUUCACUUUUGGAGAUUGAUCUUGAUGAUAAUUACCUUAGUGGAACAAUUGAAAAGGCUUUUGUUAAUUGUAAGAACCUUACUCAGUUGGUUUUGAUGAACAAUCAGAUUGUUGGUUCUAUUCCGAAGUACCUUUCCGAGCUUCCGUUGAUGGUGUUGGACUUAGACAACAACAAUUUCAGUGGAAAGAUUCCUUCUAGUUUGUGGAAUUUAUCAACUCUGAUGGAGUUUUCCGCCGCAAAUAACCACUUGGAGGGUUAUCUUCCGGUGGAGAUUGGGAGUGCUGUAAUUCUCCAAAGGCUUGUUCUUAGCAAUAACCGUCUCAAAGGUACUAUUCCGAAGGAAAUUGGAAGACUUCAAAGUCUUUCGGUUUUUAAUUUGAAUGGAAACAUGCUUGAAGGAAACAUUCCGAUUGAGCUUGGCGAUUGCGUUUCACUCACUACAUUGGACCUUGGAAACAAUCAACUGAAUGGCUCUAUUCCUGACAAAUUGGUGGAACUAAGUGAAUUACAGUGUCUUGUUCUUUCUCACAAUAACCUGUCAGGGUCUAUUCCUUCAAAGGAAUCUUCGUAUUUUCGACAACUUACCGUCCCUGAUUUGAGCUUUGUUCAACACCUUGGUGUGUUUGAUCUUUCUCACAAUAGAUUGUCUGGCACGAUACCCGAUGAAUUGGGACGCUGUGUGGUAGUUGUGGACCUAUUGCUUAGCAACAACAUGCUUUCCGGGAGCAUUCCGAGAUCACUCUCGCGUUUGAUGAAUCUAACAACUUUGGAUUUGUCGGGAAACUUGUUGUCAGGUUCCAUUCCAGCAGAGCUUGGAGAUGCUGUCACACUCCAAGGUUUAUAUUUGGGACAUAAUCAACUCUCAGGUACCAUUCCGGAGAGUUUUGGAAAGUUAACUGGUUUGGUGAAGCUGAAUUUGACAGGAAAUAUGUUGUUUGGUUCAAUUCCAAUUAGUUUUGGGAACAUGAAGGAGCUAACUCACUUGGAUUUGAGCUAUAACGUGCUCAGUGGCAAGCUUCCAUCAAUUAUGUCAGGCGUGCAAAGCCUUGUCGGUUUUUACGUGCAGAAUAACAGGCUUUCAGGUCAAGUCGGGGAGCUUUUCUCAAACUCCAUGACAUGGAGGAUUGAGACAAUGAAUUUAAGUCACAAUUGCUUCGACGGAAGCUUGCCGUGGUCGUUGGGAAAUCUUUCCUAUUUGACGAUUUUAGAUCUUCAUCAAAAUCAGUUGACCGGUGAGAUUCCUUUAGACCUUGGGAAUCUAAUGCAACUCGAGUAUUUUGAUGUUUCGGAUAAUCAUUUAUCUGGAAAGAUUCCAGAGAAGCUAUGCAGCCUAGUAAAUUUGAAUUACCUAGACUUGUCUCAAAACAGAUUGGAAGGGCCUAUUCCAAGAACUGGUAUUUGCCAAAACCUUUCAAGGGUUCGAUUUGUGGGAAACAUAAACCUUUGUGGCCAGAUGUUGGGUACAAAUUGUGAGGUCAAAAGCAUCGGUAGAUAUGCGUUGUUUAACGCAUGGAGGCUUGGUGGAAUCGCCAUUACGGUUAUAUUAAUAACCUUGAUCUUUGCUUUUGUUCUGCAUAGAUGGAUUAGCAGGAAGCAAAACGAUCCUGAGGAACUCGACGAUCGCAAACUGAAUAGUUAUUUGGAUCAAAAUCUUUAUUUCUUGAGCAGUAGCAAAUCAAAGGAACCUUUGAGCAUCAAUGUGGCAAUGUUUGAGCAGCCUCUUUUGAAAUUAACUUUGGUUGAUAUCCUCAAAGCUACCGAUAAUUUCAGCAAGACGAACAUAAUCGGAGACGGAGGUUUCGGAACUGUGUAUAGAGCUACUUUAUCAAAUGGAAGAACAGUUGCUGUGAAGAAGCUUAGUGAAGCUAAAACGCAAGGUCAGCGCGAGUUCAUGGCGGAAAUGGAAACCUUAGGAAAGGUAAAGCAUCAAAACCUAGUUUCAUUGCUUGGAUAUUGCUCAAUGUGUGAGGAAAAACUACUUGUUUAUGAAUACAUGGUAAAUGGAAGCUUAGACCUUUGGUUGAGGAAUAGGACCGGGGGACUCGAGAUCCUCGAUUGGAACAAACGAUACAAAAUUGCAACCGGUGCGGCAAAAGGAUUGGCUUUCCUUCAUCACGGUUUCAUACCUCACAUCAUUCACAGGGAUGUGAAAGCCAGCAACAUUUUACUAAACGAAGAUUUUGAGCCAAAAGUCGCCGACUUUGGACUCGCAAGAUUGAUCAGUGCUUGCGAAACUCAUAUCUCUACUGAUAUUGCCGGAACAUUCGGUUACAUUCCACCAGAAUACGGACAGAGUGGAAGAUCAACAACAAGAGGCGAUGUCUACAGUUUCGGUGUCAUUUUGCUUGAACUGGUGACGGGAAAAGAGCCGACAGGACCAGAUUUCAAAGAGAUCGAAGGCGGAAACUUGGUCGGAUGGGUUGGUCAGAAGAUCAAAAAGGGUCAGGCUGCUGUUGUUCUUGACCCAACCGUUCUUGACGCGGAUUCAAAGCAGAUGAUGCUUCAAAUGCUGCAGAUCGCCUGUGUUUGUCUCUCUGAUAAUCCUGCAAACAGGCCUACCAUGUUUCAAGUGCACAAAUUCUUGAAGGGGAUGAAAGGAGAUGAGUGA